GACCUGUGUUGAUUGUUUUGAACGUCUGUCUGCUAAUAAUAUAUUCUCAGAAAUGCGAACGGGAGUUAUUGAUGAAAUGCAGGAAAAUCAGCUUUCGGACGAAGAAUAUGUGAUUUAUCGCACAAAAAAUAGUCACAAACAUGAUCUUGCUACUGCAAAAGCUUGGAUGAUAACUGCUAAAACUUUGUUUGCAAGAAAUUUUGCUGUUCAGCUUGAGGCAUAUACGACUCAAAAAUCUGCCAACAAUCCCAAAGAAGCUGCCAGAUACUUUUCCAGCUUAUUCUUUGAUUUUCCAAAUGAGGCUGAAUGGAGUUUAGACCAGCUUAUUGAAACCACAGAAAUUGUUUUGAUGUUAUCACUUAUGUGGAAGAUAAGAAAAAUGAUGAAGGAACGUCAACAUCGAAGGAAACAUCCUCUUGGUGAACUCGUCUACACAAUACGCAAGAAAACCGGGAUACCCAUUCAUGGUAUCAUACUUUAUUACAACCUGCUGCUCUCCGUGAUGUAA